AUGGCCGCUGCCGCGGCGGUGAAGAUUGGAAUUAUUGGUGGAACUGGCCUGGAUGAUCCAGAUAUUUUAGAAGGAAGAACAGAAAAAUAUGUUGAUACUCCAUAUGGCAAGCCAUCAGAUGCUUUGAUAUUGGGAAAGAUAAAAAAUGUGGACUGUGUGCUGUUGGCAAGGCAUGGAAGGCAUCAUACAAUUAUGCCAUCAAAUGUGAAUUACCGUGCCAAUAUCUGGGCACUAAAACAAGAGAAUUGCUCCCAUGUUUUAGUAACUACUGCCUGCGGUUCAUUACGAGAAGAAAUACAACCUGGAGAUCUUGUCAUGAUUGACCAAUUCAUUGACAGGACUAAUAGAAGACAUUCUACAUUUUAUGAUGGGCAGUGUUCUUCUCUUUCAGGAGUGUGUCAUAUUCCUAUGGCAGAACCAUUCUGCACAAGAACCAGAGGGGUUCUUAUUGAGAUUGCCAAGAAGCUUGGUCUUCCAUGUCAUUCCAAGGGAACAAUGAUCACAAUUGAAGGCCCACGUUUCAGUUCUCGAGCAGAAAGCCUGAUGUUUCGCAGCUGGGGAGCUGAUGUCAUCAACAUGACCACAGUUCCUGAGGUGAUUCUUGCGAAAGAAGCUGGACUGAGUUAUGCAAGUAUUGCUAUGGCAACAGAUUACGACUGCUGGAAAGAGCAUGAAGAAGCAGUUUCAGUGGAUAAGGUUUUAAAGACGUUGAAAGAGAAUGCAAAUAAGGCUACUAGCAUACUGCUUACUGCUAUACCUCAGAUAGCUUCCAUGGAGUGGUCAGACACCCUGCACAUCCUGAAAACAACCGUGCAGUGUUCAGUCAUCCUGCCAAAGCACUAACAGCCUGGAUGAACUCGGAAGUUUGGGCACUCGGAAAGAAGAGUGGACCCACUUUUGAAUAUAUAGAGAUUAAAAUAUCUUCAAGAAAUGUUACAAGCAUGGAAGAAUGCUUCCUGUGACUGAUAAUGAAAACAAUGAUAAAAAAUUGUGACUGAUAGUAUUGUGAAAGACAUUUUUUGUAAGACAACCAUGACGUAMUUAAUGAGAUGUCUAAAGUUAGAUUUUCAAAUACAUCUUUUGAAUUUGAAGUGAUUUUACUGCAUAACUGGAUCAGACAGUGGUCCAUAACAAGUUAGAAUCUUGCUACUGCAUGGUUCAUGAGGUCAGUAUGUAUUACCCAGGAUAUCUUUUAAUUGAUUCAUAAAAGAAAGGGCUAGAUAACACUCUACUGCAGCUUCAUAAAGUACAAAGAAAGCAACUCUGCAGAUGCUUAGCUGCUUUGCUAUUUCUGCCUCUGUGCUUUUCCUUCAGGAAGGAUGGUGGCUUCUCUCCGCUUCAGAACAUAUUGAGUACAUAUAUAAUGA